UGCUUGAGUUGCAGCAAAAAGGAAAUGUGUCAUCUGUGGUUUGGUUUUAGAAGUGGAAAGCUAGCUGUACAUAUCCUUUUUUUUUUUUCUUAAACUGCAGAUUUACUUAAGUUUUGUAUUCUCCAAGUCUUAUUCUACUUUAAAUAAGAGGACAAGAAAAGAAGUGACUUAUUAAAAUCACAUUAUAAUCAGAUUUUGACCAAGAAUUUUGUAAGAUCACCAGUAUACUCAUGGAAAUGGAUCACACAGGACAUUAUCUGCAUCUUGCCUUUCUGAUGACAACAACUUUUUUUUUGUCUCCUGGAACAAAAGCAAACUACACACAUCUUCAGGCUGACAGUACUACUGCCUGGGAUUCAGUUAUUCAAAACAUCACAAGCAGAUACCCAGAUGAAAACACUGCCACAACCCCUGUGACUCCUGAAGUGGAUUACAAAGCUAAUUCUACAAACAUGCCUGAAAGAGCAACAUCACAUCACAUCACAUCUUUAACUCCUAAAUCUGAGCAGGAGCUCUAUAAGCCUUCUGUUGCAGGGAACAGUUCUCCAACAGUUGAAAACACAAGCAAAAGUCAUGGUGAAAUUUUUAAAAAGGAUGUCUGUGAGGGAAACUACAACUCAGCAAUGCUAAUUUGCUUAAUUAUAAUUGCAGUGCUUUUUCUUAUCUGUACCCUACUAUUUCUAUCAACUGUGGUUCUGGCAAACAAAGUCUCAUCUCUCAGAAGAUCAAAACAAGCAGGCAAGCGGCAGCCUAGAAGCAAUGGUGACUUUCUGGCAAGCAGUGGACUAUGGCCUGCUGAAUCAGACACUUGGAAAAGAGCAAAGCAGCUCACAGGGCCCAACCUCGUGUUGCAAUCUACUGGAAUGCUCACAGCUACAAGGGAAAGAAAAAAUGAAGAAGGAACUGAAAAAGUUACUAACAGAUGCUUUAGGGAAGAAAAAAUGAACGCAAAGUAGUGAUGCGGGAGGUUAUGAAGUAAAAAAAAAAAAAAAAAGGAAGUCAGUUUGGUAUUUAAUGCCAAAGUGUUGGACAGAUGAGCUAAAAUAAUGACAUGCAAUUUAGCAUCAGACAUAUAAGAAAGGGAGAUUAUAUGCCUGCUUACUUAAUUACUGAAACUGUAUGAUUCUGUUUGACAUCGAAUAUUUUAAAAAGAAAAUAAACCAUGAAGCCUUUGAGUAAGGUUUUAAAACUAAGAUGGAAAAAAAGAUCAAGGGAUAAUUAAAUAUUCUCUAUUCAGCAAUAGUUAGAAGAUCUUUGUCUGAAUGUAACUGAACUCUGAAGUAGUUUUAGUAUGUUCUUAGAGUCAAGUAUAUACUUCAAUAUUUAACAGAAGUCAAAUUCCUAAUGUAUAGAUUUGAACUGUACAACAUAAUGGUACCUUCUUUGCUGGAUGUGACAGAGUCCAUAUCAGCUCAUAUGUCAACACAACUAAUUUCAGGCUUCAUGCUUUCAU